AUGUUUGGUCUUCAAAGGAGAAGUAAGAAGGAGAAGCCCCCACAACAAUCUUUCUCUCAAACUCCAUUUAAAUAUUCUUUGAAUAAUUUUGAUGAGUUUGUUAGUGUGCGAGAACAGCCAGGCAUAUGGAGAAAAACGACCAGAGAUGUGGCUGAUCCAAAGAGGCGUUUGCUUCAGUUUGAUGUCCAAGAGUUUUGUGAUAACUUUGUGGAGGAAGUGGUGAAAACCCUCAAGGACGUCAACCAGACCCAUAAGAAGAUCACAUCCACACGUGCACCUGUAGCUGAGUCAUCCUUAUUCAUCAGCAAGAAAUCCAAAGGUAAAUCCGAAACCCAUGUUGAGGAGUUGAAAGAUUUUUCAGAUUCUUUACCCAUCUAUGAUAAAUAUGAUGAAGAACCAAUUGAAAGCUUGAUGAUUUGUGAGAAAAACUGUGAUUUUCCUUCUUCUGAAUCUGAGCUUAUGAUUGAUAAUGAACAAGCUAUUGUGGAACUAACCGUUUUGCAACCGGAGCAUCCGAGUAGUCUUGAAAAAAAGGUUCAGCCUCAGAAAAGUGAAAGCAUUGAUAGUUCCCAACAGCUUGAGAUUUGUAGAAGCAUUGUUGUCCAAACCGGCUACCUUGGAAAUGCCAGCGACAGAGGUUCGGUCCAAGGGGAAUAUCUCGACCUUAAGAAGAUCCAGUCGAAUGAGCCGAUCUUAGGGUCUUUCACAUCCCCUCUAGAGAAUUGGAAUCCCGAAAAAGCACCAAAAAUUGAGUUAAAGCAGUUGCCCGCCGGACUAAAGUAUGCUUUUCUCUACAAUAAUUUUUAUCCCGUAAUCGUUAAUGCCAACCUAACCAACGGAGAACUUGCGUUGUUAUUAAAUAAACUGCGCAAGUAUAGUAAAGCCCUCGGAUACUCUCUCAAGGAUAUUCCUGGUAUCUCUCCAGAUCUGUGCAUGCAUCGGAUUCACUUAGAAGACGAUUCAAAAUCGUCAGUGGAACAUCAAAGAAGGCUAAACCCGCACUUGAAAGAAGUUGCUAAGAAGGAAAUUAUUAAACUUCUAGAUGCUGGAAUCAUCUACCCAAUUUCGGAUAGCAACUGGGUGAGCCCCGUGCAUGUUGUACCUAAGAAAGGCGGAAUUAUAGUGGUUAAGAAUGAUAAAAAUGAACUCAUUCCCACGCGAACUGUCCCUGGAUAUCGAAUAUGUAUCGAUUAUAGGAAGCUAAACGCUGCCACCAGAAAAGAUCACUUUCCCUUACCCUUCAUUGAUCAAAUGUUGGAAAGAUUGACAAAUCACCAAUACUACUGUUUUCUUGACGGAUACUCUGGAUUUUUCCAAAUUCCUAUACAUCCUGACUAUCAAGAAAAGACCACCUUUACAUGCCCUUACGGAACAUUUGCAUACCGCAGAAUGCCAUUCGGUCUUAGUAAUGCCCCUGCCACUUUCCAACGAUGCAUGAUGUCAAUCUUUACAGAUAGGAUAGAAGAUCUCAUGGAAGUCUUUAUGGAUGAUUUUUCCGUAUAUGGAUCCAGUUUCAAAAACUGUCUCGAUAACCUAUGUAAAGUCUUGGCAAGAUGUAAAGAAAAAAACCUCGUUCUGAAUUGGGAAAAAUGCCACUUUAUGGUUAACGAUGGAAUCGUCCUAGGACAUAAAGUGUCCGCUGCUGGCAUAGAAGUAGAUCGGGCGAAGAUUGAGGUAAUGACCGGCCUGCCUGCACCCACGAACGUAAAAGACGUGAGAAGUUUUCUUGGGCAUGCCGGAUUUUACAGGAGGUUCAUACAGGAUUUUAGCAAAAUCGCUAGACCUCUAACCUCCCUCCUCUGUAAAGAAGUUAAAUUC